UUAUCAGUCUUUCGGUUUUCUUACGGAAGUGACUUUCAAAUGUGUCGCGCUGGUGUCGCGUAAAUAAUUAGUCAGCUGAUCCAGGCGGGUUGAUUAUUAUCGUCCUGAGAACCGCGACUUGCAGGUUAGUUGUCACUUCCAACAAAGUCGAGACUAGAGGACAACGUAGCCAAUUUCAACUUUGUUGAAGAUUUUACAGCUGCCUUAUCAACGAACUGCUAAAAAUGCGCUUGGUAAUCUGUGACACAGUUGACUAUGUGGCUGAGUGGUCGGCCAAAUACGUGAUGAAAAGAAUCAAAGACUUUAAUCCUAAUGAGAAUAAGUAUUUUGUAAUGGGAUUGCCUACAGGGGGUACACCACUCGGUAUGUACAAAAAGUUGAUAGAGUAUUACAAGGCUGGAAAAAUAUCAUUUAAGUAUGUGAAAACUUUCAACAUGGAUGAGUACGUCGAUUUACCCAGAGAUCAUCCCGAGUCCUAUCAUUAUUACAUGUACAACAAUUUCUUCAAGCACAUAGACAUCGAUCCUAAAAAUGCACACAUAUUAGAUGGCAAUGCGCCAGACUUGGUAGCCGAAUGCAAUGAGUAUGAGAGAAAAAUCAAGGAAGCCGGAGGCAUCGAAAUUUUUAUCGGAGGUAUUGGUCCUGACGGACAUAUUGCGUUUAACGAGCCUGGAUCAUCCUUGGUAUCUAGAACAAGAGUCAAGACUCUUGCUCAGGAUACUCUAGAGGCAAACGCUAGGUUUUUUGGUAACGACAUUAACAAAGUUCCAAAGCAGGCUCUGACAGUUGGAGUUGGUACUGUCAUGGAUGCCGUUGAAGUGAUGAUUGUUAUUACUGGAUCUCAUAAGGCAUUUGCUCUCUACAAAGCCAUAGAAGAAGGCGUUAAUCACAUGUGGACAGUAUCGGCUUUUCAACAGCAUCCUCGCACGCUGAUUAUUUGCGACGAAGAUGCGACCUUGGAGCUUCGGGUUAAGACUGUGAAAUAUUUUAAGGCUCUGAGCGCGGUCCAUCGCAAAUUGAUCGAAGAAGAUGGAGCUGUGUUCCCUCGCCGAUCUUUAAGUGAUGUCUAAAAUGAAUCUGUGGGGCAUUCACAGCGCGUUGGUAGAGGAGGCCUCCAUACUACCUGACUGAAAAAAAAUUUGAUAUUCCGACCGUCUUGGC